UUUGUAUAUAUAUAUUAAAGUGUAACAACUAUUAGCUUUAAAAAAAUUGUAUUAUUAGUUAGGAGCGCGUGACGGCUUUUUUUUUAGAACAAACGAAGUUGUGUUUUUCCCACAAACAUAUGAAAAUCGUUAAGACUUCACGAGACUGUGCUUGGUUUUGAAAUUUAUUGUUAGUAGACAAGAAAAAUGAACCUGCAAAAACUUCUACCCCGAAUACAUGGUUAUUUAUCUAAUUUAAAUACCAGCACACCUUUAUGCUAUACAACCAGACUUCAACAUGAUAAAAUGAAUGUUAACGAACAUAGAGCUAAAAUUAUGUCUCGAGGCUUACCAGAAAAGAAACCAUUACCGGGUGUAAAAAAAAUAAUUCUUGUUGCAUCAGGAAAAGGUGGAGUGGGGAAAACUACUACAGCUGUUAACCUUGCCUGUGCAAUGAAAGUUAUAGAGCCUAAUAAAGAGAUAGGAUUACUAGAUGCCGAUGUGUUUGGUCCAUCUGUGCCUAUUAUGAUGAAUAUAAGUGGAGAACCUAUGCUUAAUGACAAUCACCUAAUAGAACCUCUUAUAAAUUAUGGUGUUAAAUGCAUGUCAAUGGGUUUGCUAGUAGCUGGAGAAAAUGCAGUGGUCUGGCGUGGUCUAAUGGUGAUGCAGGCUUUGGAAAGACUGACCAGGCAUGUUGCUUGGGGGCCACUUGAUUGUCUGGUUGUGGAUACUCCUCCUGGCACUGGAGACACACACUUAUCACUUGCACAGAACUUGCCUAUUGAUGGGGCUAUUGUGGUAACAACUCCCCAAUCAGCAGCACUACAAGUUACUAAGCGAGGUCUCAACAUGUUUGAAAAACUCAAAGUUCCAAUCAUUGGCCUUGUAGAAAACAUGUCUUAUGCUAUUUGCAAGAAUUGUGGCACAAGGAAUUUCAUUUUUGGAAAUGAGACUAAACAGAUGGCUGAACAAAUGGGUUUAGAAAUUAUAGAAAGCUUUGAGGUGGACCCUGAUAUGUCAGAAUGUAUAAACAGUGGCAAACCAGCAAUUUAUGCCCUACCAGAUAGUAUACAUGCAGAAAAAUAUCGUCAUUUAGCAAAUAAGGUGUUUAAGUAUCUAUCAAGUAAGGAUCAAAAAGAAGCUAUUGCCAAGUAAAGUUAAGCAUUACUAUGGCUAUAAGUAGAACAAACUACGCUUUGGAAUAUGCAUAGGAAAGUGUAUGUACUGAAUCCUAAAUUGAGUUUGUUAUGGUUGCCUUGUGUUGGAAGGACUAGGUCUCUAAGUAUGCAGCUCUUAAAUUUUAUUGCAACCUUCUCACAAGGUCCAUUGUAAGUGUGGUAGUGAUCCAAUAUCUUAAAAUAUAUGGACACACAGUAGUAGAAGUAAAAUCAUCAAUAUAUUAAUGUCCAAACAAUUUGAAUCCUUAAUUUGGCAUGCAGUUAUACAAGUUACAAUACAUAUGAUUUCUAAAAGUACAAACAUUUUAAGAAUUUAAUUUUCACCAAAUAUAAUACACCAUCAAAAUAGUUUCUGUGCAUCAGGUUUGCUGGUGAAUAAUUAACAGAUAAAUUGAACCUAAUAAUUAAACCCUGAUAUAAUGCCACAAACAUGGCUAAGUUUGUAUCCUGGGGAAGAAUAAUGUUUUAGUAUACAUAUUUACAAACAAAAUCCCUACAGACCAUAUUUUAUUGUAUAUCACAUAUUGUAGUAACCUUAGUAUCGGAUAUCAAAACUACAUUCUAAUCAGAUUUAUACACUUGUUGUUGACAUGUGAAUAUGCGAAAAUGUUUAAUUAGAAUUUUAUUUAAAAUCUCACAUUUUAAUUAAAAAUAGCAAUCUAGUUGUUGGAAUUGUGUUUAUUAAAUUUUUUACAAAUAAAUCUGUUAUAUAAAAUGAUGUUCUCUUUCUUAAACAAUAAACACUAUGGCAAACUUGGCUUCUUUGUAUUCAGGGAUAAGACAAAAGAAAUGAAAUAAAAAUACUAUAAAAAUAUAUCUUUUAAAUAUGUACAGUUAAAAUACAUGGUAAAUAGUAGAUAAAUGAAUUUAAGUACAGUAUGUAUACUGUUCCAAGUAAAUUCGGAAUAAAUUUUAAAAACUUCAAGACACACAACAACAAUUUAGAAUUAUAAAAGCGAGAAAGUCACAGAGAAGUAAUAACACUUUAAAAAAUAUGUUGUAUAUAAAAAUUGGAUUGCUAUACUAAAAUACAAUAAUUGUCACCAACACUCGAUGCGUUUCAUAAAUUCACACUUGACGCCGAUAGUUAAAUGUAUUAUAGAUGUAAAAACUUAUUGCUUAGUUUGCGCGCUUUAUGAACCAAUAAUUUCUUUAAAAUCGACCAUAAGACGCUAAUAAAAACUUAAAAAUUUGCAAUAUAGAAUAAGAAAAACAACUAAAAUCUUGCUUAAUUUACCUAAAACUAAUUGGGCCACUAAAACAAAAGGAAUGUGAAGGAAAUCCAAAUAAGUUUUACUAAUCUAACAGUCUAUAUUGGAUCUAAUGUUAAAGACUGUAUUAAUUCUACUCCUAGCCAAAGCCAAUAUAUAGCAUCAUUAAGAUCUUGCACAGGUUAAUUGUCAGCAGUCAUACCUUGGUCGUCAAAUCUCAGUUUUAAAAUAAAAAUACCACAACCAUCAAAAACGUGCAAACUAAACAGUAUGGCGUAUAUUUACAUAACACGACAACCUCAUUCACAACAGCCUAGUUAACAACAAUGUCCCUUCAUAAAGUUCGCACUACCACUUCUUCUUGUGUUCGUCCAUACUCACUCCACCCGGCCCGAGGUACACAAUCAUUAGAAGACCCCCAAUGACUGAUAGUGUCUGGAAAUAAUAACAAAUUAAGACACAUGUAAA